CCCCCUACUUAAAGCGCGGCGAGGCGGCGUGCACGCGCACAGAACCCGCGGCGCUCCUGUUAGGCGCGCGAGUCUUGAUCUCGCUCUCUCUCUCAUCUCCCAUCUCCCCCCCACACACACACACGAGUCUCUCUCGAGCACACGCACGAGUCAGUCUCUCACUCACGAGCCUCUCAAUCAUUGACGGAGCUGCUCACGCGGGGAGCUACUCGCAGGACUUAUCAACCGCUGCCGCACCUGUGGCACGGAGCACGACACCUUUGGGAUUUUGACAGCAAGAAGACAUCAUCGCUGCGUCUUCUUUAUCGACGCCCUUCAACUGCGCCCCUCCCCCCACCUCUUUGUGGGAGUCACGCAGCUCCACCGCCUCCACAACCACCGCGUCCCUCUCUCCAAGGAGCGGGCGAUCUCUUCUCGGGGAACCCUGGCCGCUCAGGUGGCCACGUCCCGGUUCGCGCCCUGUCCCGCGCAGCGCGAUGCCGGCAUGAGCGUCUGCAGCAGCAGCAGUCGCCAAGCGCCCUCCUCCUCCUCCUACCCCUCUCCGCGGGGCGCCAUGCCGUGCGCCGCGCGCGUCCCCUUCGCCGCCACGGGGGUCUCGGUGGGGUCCCCGCUGGGACCCGCCGGCGAGGCCUCCUCGCUGCUCCACGCGGCCGCGUUCCCCCAGCUGCCGUCGGCCGAGGCGGAGGAGGAGCGCCUGCUGAGCGAGCUCACGGGCCCAGACUUUUUCCGCUUCAGCAUGGAGAUCGUGAAUGCGGACGCGGCGGCGAUUAGCGCGUUCUCGCCCUGCUCCUCCUCCUCCUCCUCGUCCUCCUCGUCCUGCUCGCCCUUCUCCUCGUCCGCCUCCUCCAACGCCGCCGUUUCGUCCUCAUCGCCCGUCGCCUCUCUUCCCGGCGGAUUCGCAUUCUUCUCGGAAGCGCACGGGAACCGGCACCAGCACCACCACCACCACCAGAGCGCAUUGCCGUUCGACACCGUCUCGGCCCAGGUGCACGCGGCGGUCAAGACGGAACCCCACGUGGACUACACCUGCCACAUGCAGCUGCAGCAUCUGCAUCACCUACAGCAGGACCCGCAAAUGCACCUACAGCACCAUCAGCACCAGCAUCACCACCAGCAGCAGCAGCAGCCCAAGUUGGAAGACCUGCAUCUCGCCGCGUCCUCGCUCCACCUCCUCCCCUCGCCUCCCUCCUCUCCGCCGACGUCGCCGCAUUUGCAGCAGCAGCAGCAGCAGCGGCGGCAGCAGCAGCGGCGGCAGCUCUACGACGUUGCCGCCUCCCAAUCUGAGCAGGGCUGUCCCUGGGGAGUGUCCCAUUACGCGGGUCCCUGCUGCGGGAUCCCCGAUGCGGAGAUGCAGCAGCAGCAGCAGCAGCUCUUGCCCCCCUUCGCAUGCACGCAGUCCCCGCCGGACACCCCCACAGCAACGGGGGCUCACGAUCUCUCCGGCUUCACGCGCCGCUCCAUCGCCUCUCCCUCCUCCUCGUCGUCGUCGUCCUCCUCCUCCUCGUCGUCUCCGUGCCCCGUCGUUUCGCAGGGUGCCGUGCACAGCUUCUCAUUCCCGCCGUGCGGCGUCGGGGCGCCCGCGUUUGGAACGGGGAUGGUGGCCACGACGGAGCUGACCGGACAGGUUUCUCCGCAUCAUCAUCAUCACCAUCAACAUCAGCAGCACCACCACCAGCAGCAUCAGCAGCAGCAGCAGCAGGGCUCGGGCGAGGGGAUGUGCGCUGUGUGUGGGGAUAACGCGGCGUGCCAGCACUACGGGGUCCGCACGUGCGAGGGAUGCAAGGGAUUCUUCAAGCGCACGGUGCAGAAGGGAGCGCGCUACGUGUGCCUGGCGAGUCGGAGUUGCCCCAUUGACAAGAGGAGACGCAACCGAUGCCAAUUCUGCCGUUUCCAGAAGUGUCUGGGCGUGGGCAUGGUGAAAGAAGUGGUUCGCACGGACAGCCUCAAGGGUCGCCGUGGUCGCCUUCCAUCCAAACCCAAGAGCCCGCAGGACGGGCCGGCGACGGCUGCGGGACCCGCGGGGGGUGCAGGGGCGGGGCUGGAUGGAGGGGCGGGGCUCCUGGCCGGUAUUCUCGCGGCGCACAAGGAGUUGAUGCCGGACUUGGCCAAGUUGGAUUACUCCAGGUGCGAGUCCACGGAACAGCAGCAGCAGCAGGGCCCCGCGUCCCCGUGCGUGUCGGACGCGGAGAGUGUGAGCCUCUUCUACUCCCUCCUCGCCGCCUCCGCGCGUGCCCUCGCCGCCUGGGCCGACCGCACGCCGGGCCUCCGGGGCCUCUGCGCCCACGACCGCGGCCUUCUCCUCGAGUCCGCGCUCCUGGAGCUCUUUGUGCUGCACCUUGCCUUCAGCCGCGUCCCCGCGUCUCGGUGCCCCUCUAACCCCCUUGCGUCCACGCGUCUCCGCGGUGCCAUCGCUCGCCUCUCUGCGUCUCUGCUGUCCCCGCUGUCGGCCCUGCGCGCUGGCGUCUCUAACCCAGUGGUCCCGCGUGCGUCUCUCUGUCCGCCCCGCAGCUCGGACCCAGGCCGUGGCCGCCUCGUGUUCUGCACGGGCCAGGCGCUGCACGUGUCCACGUGUGCGCCCGCCUUCGGCCAGUGGCUCCAGCCGGUGAUGGAGUUCGCGCGGGGCCUGCGCGCCCUGCAGCCGCACACAGACUCGCUCGCCUUCCUCGCGACGCUGGUGCUCCUCAGCGACCGCCAUGGCCUUCAGGAUCCACUGCGGGUGGAGGAGCUGAGGACACGGGUCCUGGCAGCCAUGCAGCAGCAUCAUCAUCAGCAGCAGCAGCAGCAGCAUCAGCAGCAGCAUCAUCAGCAGCAGCAUCAUCAGCAGCAGCACCAGCAGCAUCUGAGCGCGCUGCUCUCCCAGCUCAGGGACCUGCGUCCCCUGUGCACCCAGGGGUUGCAGAGGAUUUUCUACCUAAAGCUGGAAGACCUCGUCCCUCCUCCCCCCAUCAUCGACAAGCUCAUGGACACGCUGCCCUUCUGAAGCGCCCGCGGAUGACCCGGCGGGAUAACCUAUCGGGGUAACGUCACUCGGCGCCGAUAACCCGCGACGUUGACCCACCGCCACAAACGGGUGGCCUUGGAGGGGCGCUCGACAGCUCGUGUAGCGCCUGGACCAUUGGAUGUACUGAACCUGCGGACCUUCGGAAGAUAAUCUCCAUGGUUACCGCGGUAGUUAACUCUGGGAUUUGUACCCACGACUCGUGUGGUGGAGCCUAUGGGGCUGGGAUAUAGGUCCGGCCUAACGUGGACUCGAAACUCAGAUGUCAGCGUGGAGGUGAGCCCACAGGUGCGUGGACCCAGAGGGUGACUCGGACUUUGGGAGUUGACCUGCAGAGUCGCCCGUGUGGGCGUUAACCCGACAGGCGGAUGAUGACCCAGCGCACGGGGCAGAAUGCGGCACAAGAGGAUGGGCAUUUCCCCCCACCCCCGAGACUGCAUCGCAUCACCGUCGAUCGGAGCGGGUCACAGUUGCACACCCGUGCCUGGUGUUUGUAUUGGGGAGUGUAAUGUAAAGUGCGGGGGCGGGGGGGGGGGCGGUUAUAGGGGUCUGUUGGGGUGUCAGCCCCCUACCCCCACCCGGUGUUAGAGACUUUGAUCGCCACGUGUCGUCAAUCGCACACCUGGAUCGGAGAGCACACACCCAAACGUUUUCUUUCGUUGAGGAGACAGUAUACAUACUGUAACGUUUAUAUACUGUAGGUAUUUUAUCGCUGGUGUCCAUUUGCCAUGUCUGUAUAGACUGCAUUUUUUUAAAUAUGAAGGGGAUUUAUUUCUUCUUAUGGAGGGGGGGGGGAUUGAUUAUGUGCCUGGAAACCAUACACUUUAUAUACAUAGAUACACAAAUAUAAGAGAGAGAGAGAACGUUUAUAAAUAUAGAGAACUAUUCUAACGAUGAAAAAAAGUCGAAUUUUAAAAACAAAAACCUCGACGCGACUCGAGCCAUGCCUUGGAAGCCAUUACCGAGUGAUGACGCGCGGACCGUCCAACCCGAGUUCAUCAAUGGGGGUUGUGGUUGGGAAAGGUUCCUCGGAGCGACUUUCCUGCGAGCCGCUCUUGUUGCCCGUUCUCCCCGCUUCGCAAACCCAGUUGCGCACAAGUGUGCCCCCUUUAGCCGAUGGGGUUAAGUUAUUGGAUUGGUUAUUGAUACAGCAACGCCCAUGUUAAGACCGUGAAAGGAGGCCAAUGACUCGCGAGUGGGGAGGGCCCCUUUCCACCAGCAGUGACGAUUAUAAAACAGUUGCACGGCUGCGCCUUUGCCUUUUACAUUUUAGGCUUCGGUUGGGCCCCGGGGCCUUCUCAUCUGACCUGGAAGCUUGGCCCAAAAGGGGGCCUCAAUCCAACCAGGGCAGAGAUGUAAUGUUAGUUUGUUAUUUACCUUUAUACAACGGAAAACAUUAAAACCAUUUUCGUAUUAAACACAUUUUUCUCUUCUAUCAUUGCACAAAAAAAAACAUCUUUACGGUUGCGUUGCCUUCGACGACUCGCCGAGCCAAUCGCAGCGCUGCUCGGCAUUGCAGCAGGGAAGAGCGCUCGAAGCGACUGCGAGCAAAGUUGCUGCAGAGAGUUGCGAGCAACUUAUUCCCCCCUCCCCCACUGUGGCGCAGCACGCGAUGCACGGGCAGCAACGCUCGUGUAGCAAAUGGAUAUUUUCGGAAAGUCGCACCGAUGAACCUCAGCUCCACGGGUGAACCCAUGCCAGCAUCGGUCGUCCGUCCGUCCGUCAGUUAUUUAUUUAUUUGAUCAGCGCGGGCGCCCAUUGAGAUUCACGGCAACUUUUUUUUGUCUUCGUGGUAUGCGGGGAAUGACGAUGAGCCAAGAGUCCAAAUUCCACAUUCCUAUGGCGGGUAUAAUUCUAAAUAUAGGACCGCCCAAUUUCGGUUGAUACACACACAAAAAUGUUGAAACAAAAAGUUAUGCUGAUGGAGUUUGGGUUGAUGAUGUGUGUGGUUCAUAAAGAGCCUUCCACGAUCAGCCAGGUUGGCGCUGUGGUAAUCUGAAGGGUCCAAGUUCAAAUCCUGCCCCGAGGCCCAGUUCACAUGCCGAAGGCGGGCAAACGUCGGACAAACCGUGGCCCAAAGAUUCCAUGUUUACUUGGCUGUGGUGGGGGGAUUAACUCGGCCAACUUUCUCUCCAGGGGGCGAUAAAACAAACUUUAUUGGGGGGGGGGGGAGGUCAAAUCUUCUCCAAUAAAACGACGAUUCACCCUCAUAGAAUGUGGAAUUUCCAAAUCGACAGGAGAAGCAGCAGCGGUUUGCUUCGGAUGACCCCCCGUGUGGCGUCAUUCAACGGUUUUUGUUAAAGUUAAACAAAUAUUCACGUAUAAAUAUACCCGUGACCAAAAUGAUGAACAGGGGAUGUUACUAUGCAGCAACCAAGGUUAGGCAGCGGAUAACGAAUCUCAAUGGGAUCUCUCCUGGCUAAAUAAAGGAUGGCGACGAUUGCGACUGUGUGACUGUGGGAUGACUAUUGGUUGGUUCUUCGAACACGUGGCGCGCGUUCAUUGUCAUGGCGUGUGCGGGGCAGCCCGCUCACGGUCACUAACGCCAGUGACGAAUAUUUGCAGCGGUCCUGGGCCUCCUCUAGGUGGGCUCAGCCUUAAAAUGAGUAGAGUACCUGGCGCGGUGCGUAAAUCAUCGGCACUGGGGAGACAGAGGCGGCCUGGCGUGGUGUUGGCCACCGACCUCCUCGUGUGCCGUGCCGGCCUUCAUAGGUGCUCGCCCUAUAGCACUUGCCCCGACAGUCUGUUGAAGGCUAUACGGGGGAUCUUUGUCCUGUUAUCUUUGUGUGCGUGUGUGUGUGUGCGCGCCGUGCCGGCCUUAAUAGGUGCUCGCUCACAGCACUUGCCCCCCAAUAGUGAGCGGGAAGAGUGGAGUCGUCCGCUGUGGCUACUAAAUCUCGUGACCUGGGUUCGACUCCUGGCCAUAAGAACUGUUCUCACUCGCACCAAUUGGCAACUAACUCACUACUAACCCGACACGGACCUCCCUUAGGGUCAACGCAGUCUCUCUAACGAGUAACCAACCCCACGGCAACGUGAGCGUGGCGAGAGACCACAGCGAGCGGGCGUGGGCGGUUCUGAUCUUGCCAACAUCCCACCUGACGUACGCAGUUCAGGCCUUAAUAGAUGCUCGCUAACAGCACUUGCCCUCCCCCCCCCCCUUACAGCCUAUGAGGCUAUUCGGGGCAAUUAUGUGUGUGUGUGCAGAGUAUAUGUGUGUGUGUGGGGGGGAGUGGUAGUGGUUUGCGUACUGCAUCACGAUUCCGGCGACCUGGGUUCGAUUCCCGGCGAUUAAUUCACAGGUCAACUCAGUCUUAAAUGAAAGCCCGGGGCGAUGUGUAAGCAUUAGCACUGGAGAGACAAAGGCGGCCGGGCGUGGUUGUGGCCACACCACUCCUUGUGUGCCGUGCCCGCCUUAAGAGGUGCUCGCUAACAGCACUUGCUCCAAGAGUCUAUAAAACGAAACGGAGCUGUCUUGUCUGUGUUGUUGUGCGUCUUUGUACUGUGCGUGUCUUUGUGUGCCUGUAUGAGGAGCGGUGGCGCAGUGGUUAGCGCACUGCUGUACGAACUUAGCGACCGGCGUUCCGUGCCCGCUCACAACCAAUAACAGUGGAAAAUAUCUUAACCGGUCCUGGGCCUCCCAUAGGUCGAAUCAGCCUUAAAUGAAGACCUGGUGCUGUGUGUAACAUCAGCUCUGGGGAGACAAAGGCGGCCGGGCGUGGUGUUCACCACACCAGUGCAUUGUUCCGGCCUUCAGCACCUGCCCCAAAAGUCUGUUGAGGCUAUACAGGGGAUCUUUGUCUUUGUGUAUAUGGCUAUGUUUGUUUGUCUGUAUGCGAUACCAAACAAAAGACUCGUGUUAUGUCCGCUGACACUUAUUUAAAGACGCCUAUUAAAGGAAGACGCAACCAAAACAAAUA